AAGUAUCCCGAGCCUCCUGCGUUUAACGAGACCGUCGGUUGGGAUGAAGCUCGAGCUCCUGCUGGUGUUGGUUGCUUUGCUCUGUGUGGACGGCCUGCCGUUGUCCAGCACGGGGACGAGGAACCGUAACAAGCUGCUUCUGAUAUCGUUCGACGGUUUCAGAUGGAACUACGAUCAAGACGUUCACACGCCAAAUAUGGACCAGCUGGUACAAGAGGGAGUCAAGGCAAAAUACAUCACACCUCCGAUGAUCACCAUGACCUCUCCGUCACACUUCACCACUAUAACCGGGAGAUGGAUAGAAGAUCACGGCGUUGUCCAUAACAUGAUGUUUAAUUCCACGACUCUGUUGAAAUUAACCCAUAAGAACACGCUGAGGCGAUCGGAGUGGUGGGAUAACGGGGCUCUACCGUUAUGGAUAACAGCUCAGAAUCAGGGCUUGAAGACAGCGUCUUAUUUCUAUCCCGGAGGUGGAGUGAAUUACAGCGGGCAGGCUGUGAACAGGUUCCUGGUGCAGAGAGAAGGUCACCCCAGUGACAACGUGACCGAGUGGUGGGAGAAGAUCGAUACGGUCAUGGGAUGGUUCACCAAGGAGAAUUUCGACUUUGUUACACUUUACUACUCAGAACCGGACAACGUGGGCCACAGGGUAGGACCUGAGACCGAAGAGAGAAAGAAGAUGGUCCAGCAGAUCGACCACCUCAUAGGCUACCUGAGAGAGUCCAUCCAGAAGAACAACUUAUCCGAUAACCUCAACGUCAUCAUCACGUCCGAUCACGGCAUGACCACCAUUAAGAAAAAUCCACAGGUGAAGGAAAUAAGGCUGUCAGAUUAUAUCAGUUUUUUAAAACUGACCCACUUCGAUAUUCUGGAUUACGGAGGGUUUGGGAUGAUAAGACCCAGGAAUGGGAAGCUGCAGGAGGUUUAUGAUCAGCUGAAGAACGCACAUCCAAAUCUAACUGUGUACAAGAAGGAGGAGAUUCCCGAGAACUUCCACAUCGCGAAAAACGGCCGAAUUCAAGAUCUCGUCCUUGUUGGAGAUUUAGGAUUCAACCUGAACUCGAGGGUCAUUUUUUACGUGAACAAAGGAGACCACGGUUUUAACAAUCAAGAAAUGGACAUGAAGACAAUAUUCCGAGCGUUUGGACCUGACUUCAGGAAAAAUUUCCUAGCUGAGCCGUUCGACAGUGUGAGCAUUUACCCUCUGAUGUGCAAGCUGCUGGGAGUCGAUCCAGCUCCACACAACGGCAGCCUCAGUGACACUCAGGCCAUGCUCCUGGAUCACACAGAUCCUGGUGGACACGCUGGGAGAAUCCAGACAUCUCUCGGGCUUUUUGUCAUCAUGAUGUUCAUGUUGCUCCUCCUUUGAACUGCAGAGAUUUAUUAAAAUGUACUAAAAACUAAUCUAUAAUCAAACUAAAUGAUAAAAAGACUAAUGCUAAUUUAUUUAUAUAUUAUAUUAUGUUGUAUUUAAUCACAAAGAAUUUUAGUGAUGCACUAUGUAAUCAAGGUAUUUGUGAAAAACAAUGGAAAUAAAAAAUAAAUUAUUUUAAGGAACUUGAUGGAUGAUUCUUUGAGAGGGAGAGAAUGAAUGAAUGAAUGAAUGA